AUGCCCAUAGGUUGUGCUGGGGCAAGUCGGUAUGAGCAUGUAUUGGUUGUGCAUGGGUGCAGUACCUUUGUUGUUCGUUCGAUGACCAGGUACCUAUUUGCUUUAUUAUUGAUUUCAGCUCGUGACCUUGGGUUUGGCGACUUUGACUUGCCUUUAUAUGAUGAUAGUAUGAAUGAUAGUGGGAGUGAGGGUAUUAACUCGAGAAAUGAUGAAGUAAUGGUAUCGCAAAUUAAAGCCCAUGAUUCUUAUGACGAUGACGUUGGUGAGCAAACUCCAAAUGCUUCUUCUACUCCUAUUUUGGUUUCUGAGGAUGGUGAUGAGGUUGGAAACAAAGAAGUGUCUUUAAUUUAUCGUAAGAUAUAUAGAGGUUUGAUUGCUUUUGUUGCUUUUGUUGUCGUUUUGUCUGUUGGAGAAUGUAGUAGUGGUGGGAGGCGAGACGAGUCAUUGUUGCAACCGAAGGUGCCUAUUUCUUUCUCUGAGAAUUCCGCUUCUCCUGUUAUUUCAUGGCUGCAUGAGAAUGAAACAUUUCAUCGAGAAAACUGUGCCCUACGAGACGAAUUUAAUAGGGUAUCGGAUCUUGUCAAGUCGUAUGUUUCUUUUUCAGGGGGGGUUUCUCGUAAUGUGCAAGUUUUUCGCGAUCAGUAUGUGAAUCUAAUUGGGAAGGUUGCUGAGUUAGAGAAACUUUCUUCGGGUGUCGGGAUGGUUCUGAAGAUUAAUUUGGAAAAAAGUGAAGAGUGA